CAAAUCUCGCAGUCAGGUCAUCCGUGUGCGUCCGACCUAGUUGCGGAAAAGUUGGAUUUGAGUGACAGAGCAGAGGCACAGGAACUAAAACAUUUGAUUUGGUUUAAUUUAACCACUUUAUAAAGGUCAGCCUUGGGCUUGUUUGUUUUGGAGUGCAAUUUGAUAUACACAGGGUUUAAAACACCGUUGAUACGAAGAUCUUUGGCCGUUUUUUCACAGAUUACAUAGCUAUAUUUUGAUUUGACCAAGUGGUUUGGACAGAGGGAUUUACUGUAGUACUGAUGCGAAUCGCUUUCUCCUAAACAGUUUUACAAGUUAUAUUGAUUAAUAUAACUAUCUAGGAUCUAGACAACAUAGCCUAAUUACAUCGUUUGCUAUGGUAUAUUUUAAUAUAUAAUAAUUUGGAAUAAAACCUAUUUGUAAUUAGUGUUUUGGAUAUGAAGUAUUAUUAAUCAUAACAAUCGAUUGACAAGUUAAUAGUACCCUCAAUAAAACGCUAUACAGUGAGUCCGUAUCAACUGUAUAAAUGGCUUUUUCAUGAGUAACAGAAGCCACUGUUCAAUUUUUUUUUUUUAGCCAGUGGCAGGACUAUUUCUAUAAAAAAAGUUACGUAUUGAGACAUGUCGUCCAACAAAAAAAGACCAAAAGACUCCUCCAACCCCGGCCCAGAGUGCAAGAUCAAACAGGCUCUCAAAAACGUCUUCGGGUUCGAAUCCUUUCGGACUUCCCUGCAAGAAAACGCUACUAGAGCGGUGGUACAAGGUGAAAAGGAUGUGUUUGUGUGCAUGCCCACUGGUGCUGGGAAAUCACUCUGUUACCAGCUGCCUGCUGUCCUGGCUAAGGGAGUUACCAUCGUUGUGUCCCCACUCAUUGCACUUAUUCAGGACCAGGUGGAUCACCUUCUUGCUAUGAAGGUGAAGGCCUGCUCUCUGAACUCCACACUCCAAGCACAAGAGCGGAGCAGGAUUGAGGCAGACCUAAAGAGUGAGAGCCCCUGUAUCAAGCUGCUCUACAUCACCCCAGAGAUGGCAGCGUCCCAUUCCUUUCAGCCCUUGCUGUCCUUGCUGCUGUCCCGUGGGCUGCUGUCCUACCUCAUUGUGGAUGAGGCGCACUGCGUCUCCCAGUGGGGACACGACUUCCGGCCUGACUACCUGAAGCUGGGCUUUCUGCGGGACCGUAUUCCAGGAACCCCCUGUGUGGCACUGACCGCCACGGCCACAAAGAAGGUCCAGGAGGAUAUUGCACACUCCUUGCACCUGCGCCAGCCCCUUGCCAACUUCAAGACACCUUGCUUCAGGACAAACCUCUUCUACGAUGUGAUCUUCCGGAAUCUACUGCCUGACCCCUACUCAAACCUCAAGGAGUUCUGUCUGCAAGCGCUAGGAGAAAAGAACACAGAUGGGGGAUUCUCUGGCUGUGGGAUAAUUUACUGUCGGACCAGAGACAGCUGUGGAGAGUUGGCAAAUAAGCUGACCCAGAGAGGGAUCUUAUCCAAGGCUUACCAUGCAGGCCUGAAGGCAGGUGACCGGACGAUGGUGCAGAACGAGUGGAUGGAGGGCAAAGUGCCGGUCAUUGUGGCCACCAUCAGCUUCGGAAUGGGAGUGGACAAGGCCAAUGUCAGGUUUGUGGCUCAUUGGAACAUAGCCAAGUCCAUGGCAGGGUAUUACCAGGAGUCUGGGCGAGCAGGCAGAGAUGGAGCGCCCUCUUGCUGCAGGCUGUAUUAUUCCAGGACAGACCAGGACCAACUCAGGUUUCUUAUCACAAAGGAGAUUUCCAAGAGCCAGGCAAAACGCGGUGCUGUGAAUGAUUCUGAUAAGGCGACCAUGGCAGGCUUUGAGGCCCUGGUGGCCUUCUGUGAGAAGGAUGGGUGUCGACACGCUGCAAUCGCUCAGUAUUUUGGGGAUGAGAAGCCGCGCUGCAACAAGUCUUGUGAUUUCUGCAAGAACCCCGCAGCAGUCAGGAACCAGCUGGAGUCAUCUCGCUGUCUGGGGUCAGGUGGGAGGACCCGCAUCGGACCGGCUGCCACCUCGACCGGGCCCUUCGGCUAUGACCGGGAGCUGUAUGCUGGGGGCCGUCGCGGCUACGGCUUUGAAAGGUAUGACGGGUCUGAGGGGGAUUCUGAAGAGGACCCAGAACAUCGAAAGCAGGAAUGGAAGAGUUUUUUCCAGAAGCAGAUGAGUAUACGCAAGGAUAAGGAGACACCAAAGGAAGACUUUGUGCCCCCUGACCUGUGGUCCCCCCUGAGAGAGGCUGCAAGCCAGAAGAUCCCCCGGCUGUCCGUGAAGGCUCGGGAGCAUUGUCUACGCAUGCUGGAGGAAGCCCUGAGCAGCCAGCAGAGGGCAGUCUUCACAGGGAGCAGCCCUGACCCCCAUUCCCGUGCUGUUGAGAUGGAGUACGAGGCCUUCAAAGGGUGCAAGUCAUCCAACCUGUACAAGGCAGCUGUGCUCAGGAAGGUGUCGGAGAUAAAGAAGGAUGUGCCCCCAGCCAGCACUGGGCCCAGCAGUGCAGAGAGUCCCUCUGAGAGUGACGAGGCGAAGCCUGGAGCCUCCACUGAGGGCUUUGUGUCUGCCGCUCAGAUCUACUCGUUGAAGUCAAAGCGGGUGGGCGCUGGGUUCAGAGGCUCGUCUAACACGUUCCAGUCAGCUGCAGAGCUUCUGCAUGCCUCUAGGAGCACCGAGGAGGCUGGCAGCUCCAGUAUUGAGACUGUGGAGGAACACCCUUUCACAGGAGGGUCGAAUGGGGCAGGGGGAGAUGAAAACCUCACCACAGACAAGGAGAGGAGCCAGCAGCUGCCCAGUGCCUCUAAGAAGAACUCCCUGUGGGACAGCCCCACCAAAAAUAUCAAACUCUCAAAGAAACUGCUGCGGCUGGCCGGGUCGGCCAUGAAGGACUCCCAGAACAUCUCCAAGUUCUUCACCAACAAAGAGGAGAGCGUUGGGCACUCGUUUAAUCUGCCUCUGGCUCUAGCUCCUGGGCAUCUAGAGACCCACAGGAGCUCUACAGAGGAAUUAAGAAAUUCAGAACUGCAGGAUAGGUUCUCAUGUUUAGAAACAAUCCCAUGUGAGGAUGGUGCCUUGGAAACAAACCAGAAUCAAGAAUUCCCCUCUUUAGAAGAAGAAACGCAAUUGAUAACUAAUAACAUUGAGGACGUCUGUUGUCAGAAAACCACAGCAAAAAAAAGGACAAGCCUUCUGCCUGAGGAGGAGCCGGAAGAUGUUAGAAACUCUUUCUCCAGUACUUGGAAGAGACCUCCCGUAGAGGAGGGACCCCAGGACUCUCGAGCCCCGCCCCCCAAGCGACAGCGUCCUGGCACUGUGCCCACCAUACUGUGCCAACCCGAGGGCAAGGGUACCCUGGUGAAGAAGAAGGUCACUUUUCACCCCACCCUGGCGGAGGCAAAGCUGGAAGAAGGGGCACCCCGAGUGGCACAGCCUCAAGCGGAGAAGGCAGCAGUGUCUCUGAAGGAGGCAGCUGACAUUGUUGUGAAGUACCUGACACCAUUCUACAAGAAUGGCAGGUUUGCUUCCAAGGAGCUGUUUAAAGCUUUUGCAAAAUUCUUGUCUCACCGGCUGACUGAAGGAAAGACACCCCAUAAAAAAAAUGUGAAGGAAGGAGCCCAACGGCUAAUCAGAAGCUUCUUCAAGGAUCGCCCGAAGUGUGAGAGCAAGGAGGACUGGAGACACCUGCAGAGCGAUGAGGGGCCGCAGACCCCGGGCACCACACCAACACUGCUCACUCAUACCAGGGAGGACACAGGCUAAACUUCUCCAUGUUGCCUUAAGGUCAAAACUGAGAAGCACUUGAAAAAACCUAGGGUUGUAUUUCAAGAACUCUCAGCGCAUUUUCUUCCAUAGAUUCUGCUGAAUCAAAAUAGAGGCUUCUAUUCCAGCCUUGCAUAUUUGCAGGCUGCUUUGUUAGCUCCAGGGGUUACCAUGAGUAAAGACAGCAAAGGGUUAACUAACUGCAGCGUAAUGGCUCUCCGUACAAGGCAGUCCAUUUACACUCCGAACAUGGACUUUAAAAAAAAAUCCAACACAGAUAUGCUUCCAGCAAAAAGUUACCAGUACUGGAAAGCAAACCAACUUAACAAUUAUAAGAGGAAACAAAAUGUUUUUUCCUUCUUUUUCUGCUUCACCCUACAAACCAUGUAUUUCUGUUUUCUUUUAAAGACCUCCCUCUAGCUGUGAAAAGUGGUAUAGCAGACAUUAGAUGCGUCUCAUAUAAAGAAACAGAAGUCCCCAGAGGUUUUCUAAUGUCCUCCAUGAACCCUGCGGAACAAUAUUGGAGAAGUUACUUAAUCUGUUAGUUACUUGAACAACAUAGCAACUAGCUACAGUAAUUUAUUACUUUGAAAUACAGUAAAUGUAACUAGUUACAGUUAUAAAUAGUUACUUCUCAGGCACAGUUUACAUUUUACAUAUAUGUUGUUUUUUUUUUCGGUUUGGUCGGGCUGCAGCUCGGAAUAUUUUAUAAAGAUCCAGCUAUCGAACCCCUCUGUUCCCUCUUGCGACACCGUUUCCUAGCAAGAUGAUGAGAAAAGCAUGUUCACAUGACUGCGUUAUUUUUUCACGUACAAUGUAAUCACAUUCCAUUACCUGUCUGAAAAAGAAGCCAUUCCAGUUACAAGUUACUGAAAAAUGUAAUCAGAUUACAGUAACUGCUUGAAUACAGUUAUAUAUGGUACCAGAAAUAUCCUUUAGUUCUUUUACUUAGUAUACAUGCAACAUGGUUGUUUUGUUACAAAAGAACUAUAGAUUUAUUUUCAAAGUUUUCAAAACAAGGCUUUAAACACCGGUUGGACACCUUAAAUGAAAAUAAAAAAAAAAAACAUAGUUUGAUUAUUUUUUUUGUUUAUUAAUUUAUUAUAAGGCGAUUUGUCAAAGAGUUCCAGACUCCUGUCACAGUAUCACACAAACUGUUUAAUUAAACUGUACAGGCUCCAGUCUGUAAUUAAUUCAAUGCAAUCCUAUUUUUUUGGAGGAGAAAGAAGCUGCUGAUUUUACAAACUAAAUCAAACAACUGAAGUCCUGUACUGCUAUUCAUGCAUAGCCUUUUAUACAGUAAAGUAAUUGUAACUGAUAAAACUGAUGCAUGUUAUCUGCCAUGCACAUCCAUUCUCUAUGUACAGGUAGUGAACAAAAAAAUUGAAACACCAAUGUAAAGUCACUUAAUAGGGCAUUGGGCCACUGUGGAGUUCUCGGCAAACCGUUUUUGAUUAAACUGGCUGCUUGCGCCCCAGUUGGAAAUUUGCAGUCAAUUGAUAUGCAGUUGCUUGCCUGUUUUGCCUUGCACUUCGAAUUAAUGCACGGAUAUCUCGAUCCUGGAGUAUGCGCUUCCGUCCACUGUUGCCCUUUCCCUCGGAGUUCCAUGCCGACAUCACCUUAGACACCGUUGCUCGUGAAACAUCAGCAAGUUGAGCUGUCUUGGUCACUGAAGCUCCUGCCAAAUGUGCCCCAACAAUCACCCCUCUUUCAAAGUCACUGAGGUCUCCUCUUGCAGCCAUGCUAGCCAUAAUUAUAGGCAACCAGGCCUGUCUAGCAUUUUUAUACAUGACCCUAAGCAUGCUGGGAUGUUAUUUGCUUAAUUAACGCAUGAGCCACACCUGUGUGGAAGCCCUUGCUUUCAAUAUACUUGGUGUCCUUCAUUUACCCCCAGGUGUUUCCAUUUUUUUGUCCACUACCUGUAGGUCUCAAAUGGGUAGGUUUUAAAGAAACACUUUUUUUUUUUUUUAGCAAACUUGUAUGUUCAUUUUAAACUAUCAAAUCUGGCAAUACUGUAGGUUUAAGACAUUUGUUUGCAAGCUAUGCUUUUAGACUAUCUUUCACUUUCUGUUUAAUUUAACCUGGAGGGUGUCCCCACUCCUUCACAAGCUUCUGUCCUGUCAAUAACCAAUCAGCUGCUUCCCCUAGCGACUGAGCAGUAACAAGCUUUGACCCCGAAGACUCUGCUGGGGUCAAAUUGAACAAGAAAAUAAAGAAGAAACAGACUUCCUAGAAGGCAAGGCAAGCAAACUUGGACUUUUCUUUAACCUAGUGGAAUACUGGUUUUAAAAACACCUAUUUGUUAUAAUGUGUUUCAUUAAAAGCUUCCAUUUCAGACCAAUGUAGCUCAUGCAAAUGCAAAAUGUGUAAGAUUGAUGGGAUUAUUUAGUUUGCUAUUAUCACUUGAAUUGCAUGUACAAACACAUUGCACUACAGGGAAUUAGACCAGAGAUGGGGAGCACACACAGGCUUGAGCCAAUACAAAUAAUGUUGUUUUGCUAGUACCUCAGACUGCAUGAACAAACUGGAAAUAAAGAUGCUUUUGAAGA